AUGCAAUAAUUCUAAUAAUUUUAAGAGCCUGACUUUUUUGUUUGUUCAUGUGGAUUUAAUUGCCAUUACAAAAGUGAAAAAGAAAUGGAAUUACAUAUAGAUUAAUGUCCUGUUUACAGUGGAUAUAGUGACUUUAUGAAGUAUAUUGAGAGAAAAGAUAUUCAAAAUGCUAAUAUAGAUUAACUUAGAGUAAUGAAAGCUGAAGCAAAGGUAUAUUUAUCGAGAUUAGAAAUGAUGUUGAUGAUUUGUAAGUAUCCAUUUUAAAACAAAAGAUUCACAAUAAUAACCAAUUUUAUAGAAAGCACCAUCAUAAACAGUUUAAUGUGAAAAAUGCCAUAAAUAGUUUGAAGCUAAUUCAGAUUUUGAUAAAGUUUGGUACUUAGAAAAUUGUUCACACAUUCUAUGCAAAGAUUGUAUGUUAAAAAUUUGCAAGGAAGACUUUUUUAAAAAGAAAAGCAAUGUAACUUGUAUUUGUGGAGAGAGGUUCAAAGAUGCAGAAAUAAAAUAAAUUUUAGGAAAUGAACUUUAUGAAUAAUUAACUGAGAAAUUGAAUUUAUCACUUUAAAAUAUUAUUGAAUGUUGUCACUGUAAAGAGAGGUUUUGUUUCUUAAAAGGAAACAUAAAUGAGAAAAUUUAGGAUUAAAAUGGAAAAUUAGUUUAAGGAGAAUAAUUAGAACAUUAUAUUGAAAAUAGAUUUAAAUGUUCUAAAUGUCAUACAGAAUAAUGUAAGAAUUGUAUGAGUGUACCUUACCAUACGAAUAUGACUUGUGAAUAAUAUAAAAUAAAUAAGGCUGCUGUUAAAUGUAGAUUGUGUGAUUAACCAACAGAAAUAUAAAAAAAUCUACCUGAAGCAUUAUAAACUAUUUGUCAAUAACAAGAAUGUUAGAAUAGAGCUAAAGUUUUAUGUACAAAUAAAUUAAAAUGUGGCCAUUUUUGUUAAGGAUUAAAGAACACUCCUUGUUUGCCAUGUUUAAAUGAAAAAUGUGCAUCAGAUUAAAAUGAAGAUGAUUAUUGUAAUAUUUGUUUUACUGAAGGAUUAAAAUCAUAACCUUGUGUUCAAACUACUUGUAAACAUGUAUAAUUAAUUAUUAUUUUUUAAAUUAGAUAUUCCAUGAAGAUUGUUUAAAAUAAAAAUUAUAUGCAAAAUGGAAUGGUCCAAGAAUUGUUUUUAAUUUCAUGAAAUGUCCACUCUGCAAUUAAUUUUUAGAUAUAAAAGUACCACAUUUCUAAAAACCUAUUGAAGAAGGAUUGGCUUUGCUUAAAGAAGUUUAAGAAUUGUGUUUACAAAGAUUGAAACUUGAAGAAAAGGAAAAGGAUAAAGAAUUAUUGGAUCCCACUCAUUAAUUUUUCUAAAAACCUUUAGAUUAUGCUAUGCAUAUCUACUGUUAUUAUCUUUGUUUUAAAUGCAAAAAACCAUAUUUUGGAGGAUUGAAAAAUUGUUAAUAGGCAGCAGAUUAAGAUCCUAAAGUAGAAUUUAAAUAAGAGGACUUAGUUUGUACAAAAUGCUGUCCAUUAUUAACUCUGGAGGAUAAAUGUAAUAAACAUGGUGUUGAUUUUAUUGAUUUUAAGUGUAGACAUUGUUGUUCAAUCGCAUUAUGGUGGUGUCAGUAUGAUUUAUAUUUUAUUUUUAUAGUGGUACUACUCAUUAUUGUGAUCCUUGUCAUAGAAAUAUCAAGACCAAUAUGACUAAGCCAUGUCCAGGCCUAGGAAAAUGUCCUUUAGGUAUACCACAUAAACCUAAUGGAUAAGAAAUGUCAUUGGGCUGUUCUUUAUGUAGAGCAGAAAGAUUGAAAGCAAAAUGAUUAUCACCAUAUUAAUAUGAAAUAGCAC